GGUGGAGUCUAUCAGUUCAUCUGACCGGUGUCAGGGUCAACCUCCAGUUGUAGAGGGGGGAUCUGGUACUCUGGGCCUCCUCCCCUGUGCUCCUCCUUUUUCCUUGGAUCCCUCAAUGACUCAACUCUUCUCUUUAUCGACGCGUUGAUCUUCCGUUUGUAUUCCAAGAUUUUGCUGCUGAUUGUAAAAGAUCCAGCUGGACUCUUCCACCUCCCUUCUUCCCUUUAACUUUUGGAUCACUUGGUUCUAACAGUCGAUCAAGCAAUCAACCAGGUAACUGAUUGCCAAGUCAACCGAAGGGGAAAACAGGAACAAAAGAGAAAGUAUGACGGACAAAGCUGGCAUGACAGGUGGCGGGGACGACGCAGGAAGCAUCAUGGCUUUGCUGGAGCGCGUGGCGGGGCUCAUGGACACCGUCCAGACCACGCAGCAGCGCAUGGAGGAGCGUCAGCUGGAGCUGGAGAGCACAGUCAAGACCAUCCAGGCCGAUGUUGUCAAACUGACCAAUGACCAUGCCAACACCAGUUCAACAGUCGACCGGCUGCUGGAGAAGACGCGCAAGGUCAGCCGCCACAUCAAGGACGUCAGGGUGCGUGUAGAAAACCAGAACGUCAGAGUGAAGAAGGUGGAGGCCACCCAAGGAGACCUCCUGGCCAAGAACAAGUUCAGGGUGGUCAUUUAUCAGGGCGACCAGGAGGUGAAAUCCGUCGCACCGGGCAAUGAACCGGCGGAAUCCAGCGGUGCCGGUGGCGCCGGUGCCAGAGCCGAGGUGGAACCAGACAAGUUUGAGCUCCCACCAGAGUCGGAUGAGGAGUACAUGGUGGUGGAGGAGGCAGACUCUUCUUCUGCCGGCCGCGUGAAGAAGACGGGGCUGUCCCGCAUCGAGAGUUUCAAAGCCACCUUCUCCAAGGAGAACAUGAGCAAGACCCGUGAGAACCUGGGCACCAAGGUCAACAGGUUUGGCGAGCGCAUCGUGACUGCCGAGAGGCGCGAGAAGAUCCGCCAAUCCGGCGAGAGGUUGAAGGAUACCAUCUCCAAGAGCGUCCCGGCAAGACUGAAGAAGGAGAGGACUGUGGCGGAGGGCCAGGAGGGAGCCGAGGGAGCCACUGAGGGAGCCUUGCCUGUUGUUCCUCCAAAGGGGCGUAAAGGCAGCCCGGAUGCUGCCAAGGCUGCUGAGGAUGAGGGGAAGGGGGAGGAGUCUGAGGUGCCGAUGUACGACAUGAAGCAGCUAUCGUAAAUCACAAGACAGUGAGUGGGAGAUUCUGCGCCGUUUUAUUUGGACCACUGAGGCCGCACAGAGAGAUGGGAAGUGAAAUGUUUAGGGUUGCUGCUACGGAGCAGAGCUACAAGAGUGAAAGUGUUGAAGAAGAACAUUUGUUUGUUGAAGGAAGUGAGCAGAGGACAGGCCGGUCACAAGUCCAAACUGACUGAACAUCAAGACAACAGGAAAAACACUGAGGAUAUUUCAUUAUGCAGUUAUGUGUGUUCUGGACAUUUGUGAUCAAAUCAGCAACUUAACAUGAUCUUUUAUGGUUUUGUGAUCAACAAAUACUGACUUUAAAAAUCAAUGGACAAAGAACUUUUCAUAUCAUCACACGGAGGCCGCUCACUUGUGUUUGCAUGCUGAAGACGUAGAAAUGUUGGAUUAUAAAGCUCUGACAGGGUUAUGUUACAUUUGGUUCUGUAAAAUGUUUGGAGAAAAAGUGAUUGCUGUAAGUGUUCUGCAUUCGGUACGGGUGAUUAGUUUGACGUCAAAAUGUUUGUGCCAUUGGGGAUCGACUCGACUGAUCUGAGAGAAUAUAAACUAAUUUAUCUUUGAGGUCAACAUUCAGGAGGAGACUUUGUGUUCAAUCGGAGGUCUUUCACCGGUCCAACAGUUGGGAUUUACACACCUGACACAAAAAGAGCGAUCCUGGUUCGAUAUCAAACAUUAUUUGGGACUAUGUUGAUUCAGGUCCUGGGUUCGAUGACGGUAACUUAGCACAUGGAGGACCCGUGAACAC